GUUAAAUCCCUCCACUUUUCGACAGCAGGCAGAUUUGUGAGGAUGGUGGCACUUGUAGGGGGUGUUCGGAGAGAAAGUGAGCCAGAGAGUUUCCCCAUCAACUGCGCAUGCCGAGAGUCUCUAAGAGAAUCGGGACUGGCCUAAUGGGGAAUGGGGGACCAUCAAAGAGCCAUAAUGUUAUAGUUGCCACAGCAAUGAAGUCAUUUACCCAAAGCUUAUUGCUAGUUGAAAAUUGCGUUAUUAUUAUGUGGCUAUGCGGGCUCUUUAUUUCACUCUCUUGACCCCGAAGGCCGUUCUCUUAAGUGUAAUAAUUUAUUACGCCUUGAUUUGACCCCACUUCCUAGCCCCAUUGUUGUCAUUUUGGGGCUUUUGUAAAGCAUUUUCGAGCGCCAGCCAAAACGCUCCCAAAUAAGAGGAAGCAGUCGAUGGAGAAGAGCAGCAAGUGGAAAAUACAGAAAAUGCUUUUGUAUUUGGCUCCUAAGGCGGGACCGAAACUGGAGGCAUCUCUAGUUGGCAAUUUCGCAGCGUCGAGUCGAGAGAGAUUCGAGCGCUAUAAUUUUCCCGGAAGAAAAGCGAUAUAGCAUAUAGUAACGCAGUGCGAUUUUCCGUCGGCAAAUGAGUUUUGGCCAUUGCUUGAAAUUAGCAUAAACAGAGUGUCCAGUUGACUUGGCCAAAUGUGCGGCUGACACGGCCAAUGGAUCUAAGUCCUUUCCCGCCCCCUCCGCGUCACCUCCCCCCACCGGCCGCAUCGAGCGAACAUGUGCCCCAUAACGCCCAUUGAGCUACUGUCCACGAUAAUCCUCGAAAAGCGAAAACUACGGUCCUCGACAAAGCGGAAAAAGUAUCGCAAAUAACCGAACUUCGUUCCCUCUCUUCCCCCAAAUUAUCCACUUUCCAGAGGUUUCAGUUCGACGGGAAGUG